GACGAAUCGAAGCUUGAAUUAUCAGAAGAGGAAUUAAGCCAAUUGGAGCCAAAAUACCAAGAGAUCCUCAAGUUGAUUUCUGAAGAAGAACAAAUACUCCACGACUAUAUGGCCCACUUGAAAAUAUUCAACAGAUGUUUCUUGAAAGAUGCUGGUGUACUGAAACAAAAUGAUGCCUUUAUUUCUAGCCAAAAGUCAAAAUUGAAAGGAUUGCAGUUCAUCAACCAAAAGCCAGGGUCUCGCAUCACCAAGAAGGAGAAGGCCAUAUUCUCUACUACAAGACACUUGGAAAACAAACUCUAUCCCUGGUUGUCUCAGAAAUCUCCCAUCUAUGAAAACGGUGGCAAGAAAACAGCAUUGAUCUCUUCUAUGUAUCCAUUCGCAUCGACACCCUUCUUAAAACAAUUCAGAGAUAAAUUAUCGGGAAAAGGUAUAGUUCUCACUAUUGCAGAUCACCAUUUAGAGAGCACCAUCCGAUUAAUUCACUUAUUAAGAGCAUUGCUCAACGAUCUCCCCAUACAAAUCAUAUAUACCCCAGAGUCGUUGUCUGAAGAAUCGAAGCAUCAAAUUCUCCAGGCUUCAGUUUCUGCAUUCAACACUUUCCCAGUCCAGGAUGUUACUUUCGUAAAUGUGGAGCCUGCUAUAGCUGAAAACUACAGAGGCAAGUUCGGGGGAUUUGGCAACAAGAUCCUUGCGGUGUUGUUCAAUACCUUUGAAGAGAUGAUGCUUAUUGAUGCUGAUACCGUAAUAAUGAUACCACCAUCAGAGUUCUUUGAAUUGAGGAAAUACAAGAGAUCAGGAACUUUAUUCUACAAAGAUCGUUCCACUAUUGAAUUCCGUCCAGAAUCUGAUCUCGUCUUUUUCAAAAAACUCAUGAACACCCAGGUGGACGAAGUUAUGUUUGGAUUGGCACAGCCAAGCAAUUCGACCAUGCAGUUGCCUUUUUUUGCCUAUCGUUUGAACCAUUUGAUGGAAAGUGGUUUGGUACUUGUAGACAGAAGAAGGUACUUUGAACAACCUUUGAUCAUGGCUCAGUUGAACUUCUACAACACCGUUCAAUCACGAGUUUAUGGAGAUAAGGAAUUGUUUUGGCUUGCGCUUGUGAUUUUGGGUCAGAAUGAGUUCCAAUUCAACGAGCUUUUUGCUGGUGCUAUUGGCGAAGUUACUCCUAAGGCCGAGAGAUUCAAAGAUAUCGGCAAAGAAGUCAAGUUAAGAUCGAAGGAAAUAUGUUCUAACCAUCCUGCCCAUUUCAACGAUGAAGACUACCACACUUUACUUUGGUUCAACUCUGGUUUUGAAUUCUGCAACCAAGUUUUUCAAGUCGACUUUGAAUAUGAGUCUGGGGAUAAGAAGAGAUACAGCAAAUUCAAAACAACAAAGGAAUACGAAACUUUCAUGCGGGAUAAGUUGAAAAUAAAGGCCGCCAUCAUUCCUCCAGCACCAACUGUCCACGCAGACAACGACCUUGGUGAACCUAACCGCGGGUGGUUUAACAUGAGACAGUAUUGUUUUGGUUAUACUUGGUGUGCUUACAGUUCUGUGGGUGAAGGUGAUACUGAAGAAUCACAGGGACUAUACAUUGAGUUCAAUCUGAACGAAAUAAAACAUUUUGAAUGGCUUGGAAAUACAUGGAUGAGUAGAUUUGACUAC